UCACCCCCUUGCCUCGGUAUUUUAACUCAACUCCAUUUGAAUCACCAAGUCUCCUCAUCCCCCCCCCCUUCUCUCUCUAAUGUCGAUCUUCCUAGGGGAUUUCAUUUGUGGUUGUCCUCCUGUGCACGUACUCUAAACUGGAGUCUCUUCGUCCUCAUAAUUUCUGCAACAUUUCGUUUUGUAAUCUCUUCUGUAUCACUUGGUAUUUUGGCACACAUUUUCUGCAAUCAUACAGGCGAUGAUGGCUCAGAAGCACCUGCACGAGCUACUGAAGGAGGACCAAGAGCCAUUCCUUCUGAAAAAAUACAUUUCUGAUAGGCGGAGUCAACUGGAGAGGCCUUCUCCCAAGAGUAGUAUGCAAGUGAAGAGGCGAAGACCAAUGCAUCAAAACUUAAACUUCCCCGCUAAUUUCUGUAAACACGCUUGCUUUUUCUCAUUCACCGACACGCCUGACGCCAGAAAAUCACCCCUCUUCCAGUUGCCUUCUCCGGCGAAAAGCCCCUCCGCCUCUGCCAAUCCCAUUUUUCUUCACAUCCCUGCUCGAACGGCAGCACUCCUUCUCGAAGCUGCUCUAAGAAUACACAAACAGUCCUCCGCCUCUCCCAAAACCAAAGCCCAACACAAAAGCAAUGCCUUCGGCCUGUUUGGGUCAUUCUUCAAGAGACUGACGCAACGUAAUCGGAACCGGAAGCGGGAAAUAGAUGACCGAGGAGCUGAGGCCCCUGUGAAGGAAAUAUUGAGGUGGGAUUCGUCAACUGGUCGUGGAGAACUUCUUAACGGAUUCUCUGAAAAGACGGACUCUCAGAAGGAUAAUAAUAUCUCGGACUUCAGUGCCUGUGAGGUGGAGUUUCUCUGUUCCUGCAACGGUAGGCCGAGCAGUGCUGUUUGGUCGGAGAGCAAUGAAGAUAAAUCUUUGGGCAUGGAAACGUCGAUAAGUAGCCAGUGUGACGAGUUUGAAGAGUUUGACUUUCUUUCCAAACGGAACAACAUCACGGAGUGUGCUUGUUGUGAUAACAACGCCCUCUGCCAAAGCCCUUUCGGUUUUGUUCUACACAGGAGCGCUUCCUCUGCCUCCGGCACGCCGGAAUUAGCUUCCCCGGCAUCGUCUCCGAGUUGCCGCACAACGCAGGACAAAGAGAAUAAUGGAGCAGAGAGGGUCGACCAAUGCCAAUCAGGAGAGGAAACAGAAGAGAAAGAACAGUGUAGUCCCGUCUCUAUUUUUGACCCACCAUUCGAGGACGAUGACGAGGGGCACGAAAACAAUGAGGAGGGUGAGGAGGAGGAGGAUGGUUUUGAUUUGGAGAAUAGCUAUGCCAUUGUACAGAGAGCUAAGGAGCAGCUUCUGCAGAAGCUUCGAAGAUUUGAGAAACUAGCAGAGUUGGAUCCUGUUGAGCUGGAGAAAAGAUUGUUUGAUCAAGAAGAAGAAGAAGAAGAUGAUAAUGAUGAUGAUGAAGAAACAUUCCUUGAGGAGUGUGAGUGGGAAGAUGACAAUGAGGAAGCAUCAGAUAAAGAAAACGGCUGCAAUGAGUUGGUGUUAGAUGUGCUGAGGGAGUCAAGCUUGCGAGGGAGAGGAGAAAUCAGAGCAGACUUGAAGAGACUAAUUGGCGAUCUAUUGACAGAGGAAAGAGAAAGGGGGGAAGGGGAUGAGGAAGAAAGAGAGAGGGUGAUAAAAAGGGUAUGCAAGAGGCUGGAAUUGUGGAGAGGGGUGGAGGCAAACACAAUCGAUAUGAUGGUAGAACAAGACUUGAGCAGAGAGGAUGGAGGAUGGAAGGAAAAUGGGCAACAUAUGAGGGAAAUGGCCGGGGAGCUUGAGCAUGUUAUCUUUGGAUUUUUAGUGCAAGAAAUGUCGGAGGAACUAGCAUGUUAAUUUGAGAUGUUAUUGCAAGAGUACAGUGUGAUUUGCACCCUAGUAAAAUGGAAUAGGCCAGCUAGCAAAAAUACCCCAGGUGUAUGUACAUGACUAGUGUAUUUAGCGACAUAUGUGAGUCACCUUUCUCAUUGAAUUCAAAUGCUAUAAUAUCUACAUAUGUCAACCCUCAUUUUCUCA